AUGGAUGAGUUAGCUAAAUACAUCACAUCUGAUGCAGAUAUCGCAUUUGAAUAUGAGCUUUUUGAACAUCCAAAUGAUGAGUUAAUAUGGAAAAGAUAUUUGAAUCAUAUUAAGAAAGAAUAUGAAGGUCCUGAGCUUAAUAACACCAACAGAGUAGCAUUCAUUUAUGAAAGAUUCCUAAACAAUGUCUCAAAUAAAAUAGAAUUAUGGUUAGAAUACAUAGCUUUCUUGAAAAAUAUAGAACCUUUGGGCUCUCCCAAACUUUUGAACAUUUUCCAAUUGGCAUUAUCUAAACUAACUCGUGAUAACGUAGAAAAAAAAAUAACUUUAUGGAUAAAUUAUUUGAAUUAUCUUUUUGAAGCGGAUAAUCUACAGUUGUUUGAUAAAGAAUUCACCAAAUGUAUGAGGAGUUUACCUCUUGAUAGACAUGUAGAAAUAUGGGAAUGUACUGUAUUAACAUAUAUCAAAAAUAAAUAUCAAGACUCUAUAUUAUAUUUUGAUCAAAAUGAUGAGGUAACCAACCAUGAAUUUAGUCUAGAACAAGAAGAGGAAAAAGAAAAAGAGGAAGAAACAUACGGGGAAGACCCUAACGAACUAUACUAUAUAGGAAAGAUGCUAGGGAUACCGGUUGAAAUGGAAGAAGAAAUAAUUCCAGAUAAUUGGUCUGCACUUUAUUUGUUUAGAUAUGCCAUUUUAAUUAAAAAUAAAAUCGAUUCGCAUACAGACCUAGAAAAAAUCUACAAAGUUUUAAGGUUCACUAAUGAUUUUGAGAUCAUAAAAGAUUUCUUGCAAGAAUUUAUAUUUCCGUGGAAAAGACCAGAUGUGUUGUACUACAAAUAUCUUGAUUGUUUGAUGAAUUUGUUAGGCACAGAUGCUUCACCAGAUGUCAUUGAUUUUGAAAAAAAAAUUAAGGAGGCUUUGGAACAAUACCCUUCAUCAGAUUGGAUUUUUGUGAAGUUAUUGGCUAGGUUUUAUAUUAGAGCGGGUACUUAUAAUCAUUUUGUCGGCUUCAUUGAUUCUAUAUUGUCAAUUGUAGGCGGAAGCAAUGGAAGUAGAACUUUGAAAUGUUUUAAUGUAAUUUAUGAAUAUUACAUCCACGUAGAGGAGAAAAUUAUAGAAAUUUUAAUAAACAUCAAAGAAGAUGAUUGGAAAGAAAGUAUACGGGAAAAAAUAUCGACACAUUUCCAGAAAUUAGAAAAGCUAAUAAACGAAUAUGCUUUGAAACUAAAUUCAUUUAAAUUAAAAGAUGAUAUUAAUAAUAUAUCUUUAUGGACAAGUAGAGUUAAACUGGGCAAUAAUAUUGCUGAAAAACAAAAGUUUUACGAAGAGGCUAUGUUGGCAAUAAACCCAUGGAAAAUUAAAAUAAAGGGAGAAUUAGGACAUUUUUUGUGCGAAUAUUCAAGGAUUUUUGAAAAUUCUUUGGAAUCAUUCAGAGAGGCAAUGAAUACCUUGGUCAAAAUACCUUUCAGAUACAUUGAUGAUCUGGAACUUCUUUACAUAAAGUGGGCUAAUCUGGAAAUAAAAUAUGGUGAAAUGAAUAACGCCAUUAAAGUGGUUAAGUAUGCUUUAAAAUACCCAGAAGAUUUUGAGAAAUACUCAAGUAAUUCAGAGACUUUAUUAAAUAGAUAUUAUAACGUACGAGAUAAUGGUGAAAAUAGUGGCGAUGAAAAGGUUCCUGCACAGGUUAUCUUACCUAUAAGAUCUUUUAAAUUAUGGGAUUUUUUGUUAAAAUUAGAACUUGCGUUUCAAUACACAGAGCAGCAAGAAAUUAUAGAAAUUUUUGAAGCAAUGAUUAAAAUGAAAGUGGCCAAGCCCAUAACAUUUGUAAUGUAUUCCGACUAUUUAUCCAAUCUCAGCGAUAACAAUCAAGAGUUAUUUGCGAAUGUGGUUAGAAAAGUUUACGAAAGAGCCAUUUCACAUUUUAAUGGGUCAUCUGUAGUUUUGCAACAAAUGUAUGAAAUCUAUUUGGAUUCUGCAUUGAAAAAUUAUAAGUACAUGCAGAACACUAACGAUAGAGAACUUUUAAGAGAAUUAUUUGACGAUAUAUUUACAAAUUUGUCUUUAAAACAUCAUCUAGAUUGCUCCAACUUUUAUUUAAAAAAUGGGGAAGUUGAAACUACGUUAGGGAAUUUCCAUUUUGCGUUUGAAAAUGUAUAUCUGAAAGGGAUUAAAGAUAACCAUGUCUCAAUAGAUAAUAAAAUCACAUUGUGGAAUCAUUUAUUGAAGUUGUCUAAAUCACACCUAAGUCUUGAUAUUACAAGGAGCCUAUAUGAAGAAUGUUUAUUAUCUAUUCCGAAUUCCAAAUGUGCAGAUUUUAUUAUCGAUUUUGCAAAGUUAGAAAUUGCUGUAAAUGAAUUUACUAGGGCAAGAGCCAUUUUGAAGUAUGGUGUUCAGUUGGCUUCUGUUUUGACCUUUGCAAAAGUGUGGGAUUUUUGGAGGGAAUUUGAGUUAGAUCAUGGUGAUAGAAACACUUUUAAAGACAUUUUAAAAUUAAAAAGAUCUACAGAAGAGAAAUUUGUUAUUGAAACAGAAAAAAUUUCAAAUAUGGGUGAUAACAUUCAAUUUGUGUCUUCAGGAACAGUUGGUGGUAAUGCACCAUCUUCAAAUAAAAAGGAUAAAACACACACUUCACCAUCAUCAUUAACAAAUAACGAAAUUGAAUUGGAGCUUUGA